AUGGACCAGUUAUACACAAAAAUUAAGAACUACAGUUUAUCCCAGUGGAUCUUGACGUUAGGACGCCUGUGCUUCGCUGCAAGCACGAAGGGAGAAAAGAAGAAAGAAGAGAGAAUGGUUGUAAUGGCCACUGCAGAGCUGCCUGCAAAAUUGGUUGAUCUGGCAGCGAUUAACCUGACGGAGAUGGUGAAUGGAAUGCUAAACACAGCCUUCAAAGGCACUAAAGAAUUCUUCUCUUUGUUGAGCAUUGUAUCUUAUAGCUCAUAUGCCUUCCACAAAGUUUCCAUUGUCAUCUACAACAUAUCCAGCUUAAAGAACAUAGAUCCUGCAAAGUUCUCCAUGAGGUACUGCUAUUGCUUAAACAACAGGACUAAUGACUUAACAGAUUUUACAGCGCUGCUGGUGGACAUUGUUGGAAACUCCACCAGUUAUCUUACUGAGAUUUUCAAGUCGACUUCCAUUGUGUCAGUGAGCCAGAGUAAUGAUACAAACUGCAUCUACAUUUGUGUCAUGUCAGGACGAAUAGGCAGAAAUCUUUCAGACCUAUGGGAAGCAAUAGAGAAGUCUCCUAUAAUCAACUACACUUUUUCCGGUAACAUAUCAGACUUCUUGGAAUGCCCACAGGCCAUCAAAAAAGGCAAAUUUGUGACCAUGUCAUCCAUCGCAGUUCAAAAGCUGAAUCCUUGCGUGAUGGAGCUGUGCAAGUUUUAUCAACGGUGCCUUUGUACCAGGGACCGGAGGUACUCAAGGGAUCGAGUUAUGAGGUACUGUAUUGAAAACUAUCCGUGGUUCUUUAAAAAUGCAGCAUAUAUUUGUGAAAAAGUCAAGAGAUCACCUUAUUCCAAGACAUUGAAGCAAAAGUGCCUUAAAUAUAUUUGUAAAUCAAUCUGAUUCUCCAAGAGGAAUUGUUGAGAACAAGGAAACAUGCAAGUUCAUAGGUUAUUCCAUUGUCCGGUGCAAGAAACCACAGAUAUAUAUUACUGACAGAGGAGGAGGAUUUUCCCUGGAUGACAGAAUUUUCUCACCUGCACGCUGAUUGAAGAAAGUUAAUAAUGAAUAGAAGGUGGAAUUCAAAAGGAGAAGCUUACCUGAAAU